AUGCCCGUCAUGAACAACCCCUAUGAGAUCAACACGGCACCGCCCACUAUUGGCACUCCUCAAGAUGCCGCCACGCUCCGAGAACUGCUCAAGACUCCCUACGACAGCGUGUACAAGGUUACGCCCGAUGGAAAGACCUUUCUCGAGCCUCUUCUGCUUCGCGGCACCCCGCGCCAAGAGCCCGAGUCGGAGAAGAAGAGAGAGGUUGCCUACCUCAGCCAGCUGAACCCUCGCGACAAGGCGCUGCGGGCAUCGCUGAAGCGGUACCGGGACAACUCGAGCAAGUUCAAGAAGAUCAGGGAGGUCUUUGGAGAGCCCAGCAGAUAUCACCCCAACCAGCUUCUCUCGAAAGACUACCUGCCCUCUAGCGGCCUGUGCCAAAUGGAGCUGAUGUAUCGUCUGGCGUGCAAGAUUUCGGACCUGCAGCAUCUGUACCGAAUGGGGGCGCUGGCCAUGGACCCCUUCGACUUCAUCAGGUGGCGACUCAUCAAGAAAGCCGCGAGCUUCAUGCGCAACCCGGGAGACAACCCGAAGAAAUCGAUCAGGACGAUUGUCUACAAGCUCUGCGACGACUCCGUCGGCGUUAUGAGCAGACCCUACCAGGAUUCCGUCAUGAGGCACGCGGUGCUCAUGUCUGCUGCGCAGAGAAACCACCUGAGUGCCUAUGGCCCCCGGGGCAGAUGGCGAAAGUACUGGCUCUCGGACAAGAGAGACUCCCCAUACAGCACGAGGGCGCGGAGCCAGCGCCAUGCUGCUGCUCUUGCUCGCGCGCGUGCUGCGGCCGCCUCCACGGGGCCCGUCUAUACGGGGGUGAAUGCCUUUCGAGCCCAGCAGCAGCAGCGGCGGCGGGAGGCGCAGAUGCGACAGGAGGCCGAGGAGCGGCAGGCCAGGGAGGAGGGACGCCCCGAGGCGGAGUAG